GGAGGAGGCAGCAGAGUGCGUCCCUGUUGCCGCAGCGCUGGCGGAGGAGGGUUGGGACGCGCUGGGGCCGGUGGCGCGGUCAGCAGCCCUCAGGGAAAGGGGGACUGGGGAUGUCUUCAGGAGUGUUGCUGUCGUGGCGUUAUUUAAAAGCAAACCAUCUUUUCUAGGAAUAAACGUGGGUGGUGGGGAGAAAUUCGCCACUUUGAGAGGUGUCCCUGCCCAGGGCAUAGGCGUUGGAACUGGAUGGUCUUUAAGGUCUCUCCCAACCCAAACCCUUUUAGGAUUCACGUGCUUCCCAGCGCACCAUCCCGCGUUGCCUGUUGCCAGGCAGGGAGGGAUUAAAUGGAUGCGGAGCGGUGAUCUUAUCCUGGUUUUCAGAGCAAUCCCUUGAGUAUAAAGAAGUAAAUCUGCUUUUGGGCUGCUGACUGGAUUGACAGAGAAUGUAGUGAACUGGGGCAGUCAGCGGUCAGCACAAAUCCGCUUCCUUGGAUUCAAGGCCAUGAGGAGAUGUCUGAGGGUAGACUGCAUUGGGCAUCUCCUGGCCCUGCAGUAGAGCACAGCUUUCCUUUCAGAAUGGUGCUAUCGGCUGCCCUUCAGUAAACGAAGCUGGCCUAGAGGGAUGAGCAUGGAUCUAUCCUGAGCCCCUGGCGCCUGCUUCUUGGACGAGGAGGGGAAGCACAGAAAUACACCUGCCUGGCAUUCACUGCUUGCCAAGGAAUGCCAUCCUCCGCAGAAGUCAACCUGUAACCUGAGGAAGAAAGACCUCCUCGGCAUUUCUUGGGGCGUGCGUCCUGCUCUCAAUUCCAUUUUGGUUACUAUGGCAUCCCGUGAGGAGAUUACUGUCUGUGAAGAUGAAGUAAGGUCUCGGUACAGUUACUUAGAGAAGAUGACAGAUCUGGUGGCUGUUUGGGAAGUAGCUUUAAGUGAUGGUGUUCAUAAGAUUGAAUUUGAACAUGGGACCACUUCGGGAAAACGUGUUGUCUACGUUGAUGGAAAGGAAGAAAUAAGAAAAGAAUGGAUGUUUAAAUUAGUGGGUAAAGAAACAUUCACUGUGGGAGCAUCCAAAACAAAAGCUACUAUUAACAUUGAUGCAGUCAGUGGCUUUGCAUAUGAAUAUACUUUGGAGAUCAAUGGAAAGAGCCUAAAGAAGCAUAUGGAGAACAGGUUAAAAACAACUAAUACAUGGAUACUCAACUUGGGUGGUACGGACUAUAGAGUUGUUCUAGAAAAGGACACUAUGGAUGUGUGGUGCAAUGGUCAAAAACUGGAAACAGCGGGUGAAUUUGUAGAAGAUGGGACCGAAACUCACUUCAAUCUUGGUGACCACAGCUGUUGCAUUAAGGCUGUCAGUAGUGGCAAACGAAAGGAAGGCAUUAUCCAUACCCUUAUUGUGGAUGACAGAGAAAUCCCAGAAGCAGUGGAGUAGCCUCUGGUUAACCGAUGGUUGUAGGACUAAGACCAGGGAAUUUUUAAUUACUGUGGUAAUUAUUUUUAAUAUGUACUCCUUGGUACAUCUAGUUUGUGCUGGAUUUAUUUUCUAGUUCCUGUAUAUGAAAUUAUUCUUUCUGAGGACCAGAUGAAAAGAAUUCUAUAAAACCUCUUAUGCUACCAGUUUUUAAAAAACUGUAUGUAUAGAAUAUCUAUUGUAUCACUAAGUGCAGAGGGCACAGGUGAACGUGAGUAGAUACUAUAUACUGGACAAAAAUCUCACAAUAAUGAAGUGCAAGAUAAAUAUUCAGUAAGACUGAACCUGAUAAACUACGGGUGUCUGUGGAAGGAGGAGGAAGAAUGUGUUGGGCAUUUGAGUAAGUUGUUAAAAUUUUCUCAGUAAAUAUUUUUUCUAUUAAACUGACUCUCAAGUUUUUCUGAUGCAGUUAAGAAGAGUUACAAAGUUAAUAAAAAUAUUAAUGAAAUACAUUGUUACCAGUACUUGUGUAAUGGUAUUAAAAUACUGUACCAGGAAAACUGUCCUUUAUUCCUGGUAGGGGAAAAGAUGUUACACUUUACCAAAAAAAAAUUCCUUAUUUUUAUUCUGAAACUAAUGCUUGUGAGCAAUUGUUGCAAUAGUCCAGAAAUUCUGUACUGAGUUUUUUCAAGAGAAAAUAGAAACAAAAAAUUCCUGCUGUGAAAUUCAUUUAAAAAAUGAAACCUCUUGAAUCAAACUGAAUUAAGAGCUUAUUCUUCCUCAGUGCUGUCUAAACAAAGCUCAAAAGAAAGCUGUGUGUUUUUCUGGUAGUAGUGUGUGAGUCAAGAAACACAAGGAGAAACAGGACAGAAGUUGCAAAGAACCAGUUGCUUAAAUGGAAAAGUUAAAAUAGGAAUAGGCUAAUUCUGUUGUCAAACUUCCAGCAGCCUCGGUGUUUCUGCGAGAACAAGACUUGUAUGGGUUAGAUGGUUCUUAGAAGUUCACAGGAGGGUUGCCCAUUUAACGUUAUCCUAGAGCACGCUGGGCUCACACACUACAAAAGCUACCCUUUUGUAACACUGUAGGCACAACAAGUCUUAAAAAUAAUUUUUAAAUAAAUAUUAAAAAACCGAAUAUAUACAUUUAAAAGUUUGUAUUCCAAUGGUUUGAAUAAAUUUUCCACUUGCAUCCUCACUUAGAACUGAGAAUUAGACUUUUAUAACCUAAUUUCUUUUGGACUUGCGAGCAGUUCCUAGUACUAUAGUUGCUGUCUUGGGAGUUGCAGGUGCCAUGUAAAUAUGCUGUGAGUUCAUUAACAAGUUAGAGAAGUUUUAUUAAAUGCUAAUUUUGUUUAUGUUUUAGGGUUCAGGCUGCUCUCCACUACCACAGUGUUCUGCAUGGGGAUGAAAUGCUUUUCAUAUGACAAUGUUGUCAUUUUUUAAUAGUUCUACAUGAGCUCUUCAUCUCCCCAGAUAAUUACAGUGUUAACCGUAGGCGAAUUUUGGAGCAGAGGUGAUGUUGACAGAUGAGCCUUUAUUUCUGUAUUACAGCACUAAGCUGUUCAGUUGUUUAGUUAGGGGCAUAGCUGGUGGUUUUAAAUGCUUCACACUGGACACAUCUGGUGGUAGCUUUUUGUGUGGGGCAGUAGGUUUUUCUUUCACCUCUGCUAAUGCCAUAGUUUCAGACUUUGGUACAGAAAAUUUCAAAGUACCCAAGAGCUGGGCUGAAU